AUGACGACUUCUCCAGUGAAAGAUCAGAUGAGAGACUUUGUUGAGAAAGAAAUCGACAACGCGCACAAGGUUGUCGAUGCCAUCACUAGUCCUAUUGCCCCUCUGGACGGUGUCGUACAUGGUGUGGCCAGAGGGAUCUUUAAGCCAAAAUGUGCUCCCAACAACCACGGUGGCAACGGCAGAGGUGGCAGUCGUGGAGGAAACGGGGACUGUAACUCCGGUGGUAUACAUAAUACGGGUGGGAAUCAAACUGGCAACACCAGCGGCAACAACACUAGUGGGAACAUAUCUAGUUACUAG